GAAAAAAAAAACACCUCCAACAGCUUUCAUUAAAAAAAGAAAAAGAAUAGAAAGACCCUCCAACAACUUGAGAAUAUACAUACAGACUGACACAGAGGGGAGAUCUGAAUACACAGAACCGAAUACAAAACAGUGACCACAAUUCUCCAAACCAAGCCUUUUAGAAAAAUAUAUAUACUUUUUGAUGGAAGGAUUGGUGAAUUCACGGAUCAUUCCUAUUCGAACUUCCUGUAGACGGCAUUACUCUGUUUUUCUCCCUACAUUUUCCUUGCAGUUAAGGAAUAAAAACUUGAAUAAGGGUCAAGUUUGGAUGAUGAGACGUCACAAGUCAUUGGAUUCGGUUGCUGCUUCGAUUCAACCAUUAGAAGCCUCGACUACAGGCAACACUGAUAACAGGCAGCCUUCCAAAGAGGUUCUUGAGCUGUGGAGAAGUGCUGAUGCAGUGUGCUUUGAUGUGGAUAGCACGGUGUGCGUAGAUGAGGGCAUUGAUGAACUUGCGGAAUUUUGUGGGGCUGGAAAGGCUGUUGCAGAAUGGACUGCUAGAGCCAUGGGUGGUUCUGUUCCUUUUGAGCAGGCCUUAUCUGCCCGAUUGUCUUUAUUCAAGCCUUCCCUAGCUCAAGUCCAGGAUUUUCUCGACAAAAGGCCCCCAAGGAUUUCGCCUGGCAUUGAAGAAUUAGUCAAGAAGCUGAUGGCAAGGAAUACCGAUGUUUAUCUAAUUUCCGGGGGCUUCCGCCAAAUGAUCAAUCCUGUUGCAUCAAUCCUUGGAAUUCCGCAAGAAAACAUUUUUGCCAAUCAGCUGCUCUUUGGAAGUUCUGGGGAGUUUCUGGGAUUCGAUGCUAAUGAGCCCACUUCGAGGAGUGGAGGAAAAGCUACCGCUGUUCAACAAAUAAGAAAGGUUAAGGGAUACAAGGCAUUAGUCAUGAUUGGUGAUGGUGCUACUGAUCUUGAGGCCCGUAAACCAGGAGGUGCCAAUUUGUUUAUUUGUUAUGCUGGUGUUCAACAUCGGGAGUCCGUUGCAGCAAAAGCUAAUUGGCUGGUGUUUAGCUUCACAGAUCUUAUAACUGCCUUGGAGUAACUUGCUUUCAUUCUGAUUUUUAUGCCAUUUUUGGGGGUUUUCUAUGUUCUGUUAUAAGUUUCCUGCAAAUACUAAUUAGGCAUUCAUUCAUGCUGUUCUUAUAACAUCUAUGGCUGGUAUAUGGAUUUGGUGAGAUAUUUAGGCUCAAAAGAAGUCAACAGCUAUGUCAGAGACUCGGGUAUGAGCGUUGAAUAUUAGUAUGUGUUCGACAUUGAUAUGUUAAAUUGUUUGUAAGUUUUUCUAUGAAUUUAGAAGGUGUUUGGAGGGAUCA